AUGGGUUGCUCACUUCAAGCAUUUCAGUCUAAUCUCACCCUUGCAUAUCAUCGAACAAAUCUUUUGGCGCGUUAUGGUAGGUGGUCAGCCGAUGCUAGUGGUGGGGUGCUGGAAUAUCUUGGAUACAAGGAGGGUUAUAGAGUUGAUGUUGACAUUCCAGACGGCACAUGGGCAGAAGCUCUAAGCUUUCAUGACAUUCUGAUCUUUAAUACAGGGCACUCGUGGUGGGCUCCUUCAAAGUUUGACCCAACAAAGUCACCCAUGCUUUUCUUUGAAAAGGGUCGUCCGGUGGUUCCUCCAGUACUCCCUGAUGUCGGCCUUGAUAUGGUUUUGAGGCACAUGGUAAUGUUCAUGGAGAAGAGAACGAAAGCAGGUGCAAUCAAAUUUUUUCGUACUCAGUCACCUAGACAUUUUGAAGGGGGUGACUGGGACCAAGGUGGCUCUUGUAAUCGGGUAAAUCCUUUAUCGGUAGAGCAGGUCGAAGAUCUCUUCUCAGUGAAGAAUAAUGGUACAAACGUGGAGGCACGCCUGGUGAAUCAACAUCUCUACAAGUCCCUUAAAGGAUCAAGUUUCCAGAUUUUGAACAUAACCCACAUGAGCGAGUUCAGAGCAGAUGGCCAUCCAUCCACAGCCAGUGGGAAGAAGCACGACGACUGCAUGCACUGGUGCAUGCCAGUAACAGAUACUUGGAAUGACUUAUUUAUAAAGCAGCUAAAUGUUAUUAGAAGUGGAAAUUAAUGAAUUAUUUUCAUGUUUGAGAUUUUUCAGUUUUUCCAUCUGAAAUGUAGUGAACUUCGGAGCACAAUCCCAUCCCAUCUUGUUCUCAAUGCUGCCUUUUUGAAAUCCACAUAAUGCUGCAUCCAGAGGAGGCAAAUCCUUAACCGGAAUUACACGUUCCUCGAACUGAAGGAAAGCAUGCAUGCUCUAGUUUUACGCUUUCGAAUUGAGUGGACCAAAAGCGCAGUAAUGCUAAUUGGUUUUGCCUUCAAGAUGAAAAUAUUGCAUGCUGUCUGCUCCCAUCUGCAUUCUUAAGGCAUUCUGUCCAGGCCUAAGGAGCAGAAAUCGAUCAUCUUAUGUCCUGCAUGCCGCCUUAAGACCUUCAUAUAUACCCUGACAAAACCCGCAAUUUGCAUAUUUAUAUCACCAAAAGUUCAAUAGCAUAAUAACAUAAUCAUAUUAUGUUGUCGCAGAAUGAAUCUGAAUGAGACGUCUUGGCAAGAAUCUACUUAAAUAAUGGUCGAUAUUCUCUGUUUGACAGGAUAACAUUUCUUCACAAUAAUAAAAGAAUUUGACUGAAUAAGCUACCUAGCUAGCAGCAAAGCAUGUAAAAUUACCAAUGUUACCCUUCGAAUGAAUAAGAUUGACACUGGAGUUAUAUACAUUUACCAAUAAUGAUUAGCAACUAAUCAAGCCUAACUAAUCACACUAACA